CAUUAAACUUUUUAUUGAUCUUUUCCGAGCGUUUUUUACGUUGUUUUACGUGCGUUGCGACCGUUUUGCACCCACACAGGUAUUUAUCGUCGUACAGUUUAAUUGAACGACCGUAAAUCGGAUGGAUCGGCGGUGAAACUGGUGAGGAAACUUAACGAUAAAUUCCGGAUAUUAAUUUGGCGUUGUGAUGCGUUAGAGCCCUGGAACAAACUACAAUGGACCCCAAAAUGCCGAAUGCGCCGCCCCAACAGUUCUGCGUCAGGUGGAACAGUUAUCAGUCGAACUUGCAGAACGCGUUCCCUAAACUCCUGACGUCCGAACACUUCGUCGACGUGACGCUGGCCUGCGAAAACGAAAUGCUGAAGUGCCACAAGGUCGUGCUUUCCGCAUGUUCGACCUAUUUCGAGAAGCUCCUGUUGGACAACCCCUGCCAACACCCCAUCAUUUUCAUGAAGGACAUGAAGUUCGCCGAGAUGCAGAGCCUGGUGGACUUCAUGUACAAGGGCGAGGUGAACGUGACCCAGGACGACCUGCCUUCGCUGCUCAAGUCGGCGGAGGCGUUGCAAAUACGCGGACUGUGCGGCUCCGAUCAGCUCCUGAACCCGCACACAUUCGGCAAUCUGAAGGCGCAACAGCCGGCCCAACCGUCCGCCACGCCGGUCGUCAAGACGGUCAACUGCGUGACGAAGCCGACGAACGCCACACCCGAAGUGAAGAAGGAGGAGAAAAUCGAACAGGGAUCGGAAAGCAACAACGCCACGUCCAGCGAUUGCGACUCCAACGACGGCAUGCUGCAGAUCAAGGAGGACGUAGAGAACGAAAUGGAUGAAGAGGACUCGUAUUUCGAUGGUGAUGGAUUGAUGGACACGGAGUUCAGCGAAGAGGAUGGUGUUGUAAAUACCGGCAGCAACGUUGAUAUUAAAACUGAGACGCCUGAAUUUGCGAUAGCCAACGUGUCCUGUCAAUACGAUGGAACACCUGGUUCGGCUAACAGAAGGAUCCGACGUUCGGACGAAGAGCUUCGACGGGCGGCCGAGUGCAUAACACGCGGCCAAACCUUCCAAACCGUCUCCGACCAGUUCAACAUACCCAUAUCCACAAUCAGAUUCUACAUGGCCAGAAAGGGGAUUUUACCGAGACGCAAGAGGGGCAGGGCGUGCGCCGGUCCGACGGGCAUGGGCAUGGGCAUGGGCCUGGCCGCGAUACCGGUGACGUCGUACAACACUCCCGGCAACACGUCCCCGAUAGGCCCGCCGUACCACAUCGUGCACUACAAGCUGCCGCAGCUCGGCGUCUCGAAGCUGAAGUAGGACGGCGGAACAAUAAGGGUUCUUGUAUGAGUUCUGGUUUACUUUUGUUUUUUUUUUCGGCAAGUCGUGUUUUGUGUCCGUCAUUACAUUUCAUCAUAUACAUAUUUUUUUUUCUGCGCAUGUUUAUUUAUUACCAUUUCGUUCGAAUAAGGAUCUCAUUUAUUUGUGUCUGAACUGAAUAACUCGUAGGUUUAUUUAGGUUUAAGUUAGUUUCGCUGCCAAAUAAGAUUUGUCCCGAUUUGGUUUUUGUAUUUAAAAAGAAAUAAUGAGAACACGUUUCAAUCAUGUAAAAUUAAGGAGAAAAACUGUAUUUUUUCUUACUGUACUCGUAGAAAAAUAUGUCUUCUUUAAGCGAUAAGGAAAUAUUACCAAGUGGUUUUUUAGAAACACUUUUUAGGAUUGUGAAGUAGUGUAAAUGGAGAAUUAUGGAAUAGACAACAAAAAUGUACAAAUCAUACAUUGAUAUUAUUAUUGUUCGAUUAAUUUUAAAACAAUUUCGUCGUGCUAGUCUUUUUUUUUUUUUUUUUGAUAAUUUUUCACGCUGCCAUUCAUUUAGUUUUACGUCUGUGUUUCGUUUCGACGCACCGCAGUAUUCCGGGCCAGUCCCGCAUCAUUUUCAAUUGACACUGAAUCAAAACAACUAGGCUUCCAAAAACAAAAGAAAAAACUAAAUAAAAAGAUUUGUAGAUAAGCAUUUAUUUUGUCGUAUAAUGUACAAUUGUUCGAGGACCUCAUAAAACUCUCAGUAUACGUAAGAGAUUGUGUGUGUGUACUUAAGAAAUUUGUAAAAAACUCGACUGAGAAAUGUGGCAGCUCCCUCGAGACCCAUUUUUUGAGCAAUACGUUUGUACUAAGAAACGCUUACUUUUUACGUGACUUAAAAAGAAAAACAAGAAAACAAAACGACCGACUUCUGUUUUUAUUUUUUAAUUUAUUUUAUUAUGAAUACAACAAUGCAAUCGCCGCCAGUGAUAUGAACUAAAAUAACUUGUUUUAAUUUUCGUUUUCUCGAUUCUCUCGACAUAGUACCAUAAUUGAAAUAGUUGUUAAACCGCACCAAACCUCAUAUAAAAGAAAAAAGAGAAGUAUAUAAGUGCGGGAGGGGGCGUGGCUGAAUCUGUUUGGACUCGCCCACGCCCGCCUCCCCAGAAACAACCGAGACACCACGUUCGGGUGCCAGAGCCCUUUCUAAACUGUAAAAAACAAUCGUAUAUAUUAUAUAAAUAUAUAUAUAUAUAUAUAUAUAUAUAUAUUAUGACGCACGUCCUCGAUUUCAUCGUCCGACCUUUUAUGUGUUUAUAUACAUAUACUGCGAGGCAAUUAUGAAACGGGACGAAAUCGAGGCCGUCGCCCUCCCCCACCCCCCAUUUAAUUAAUUAAAUGUAAGGUUAGGCUUUAAGGUAUUGUUUAGGAAACAUAGACUUUCGACUCCGUUUUUUUGUGUUACGUUUCUGGUCCAUUUUUCCUACGUCCCUUCGACCCCCGUUUUAGUUUGUAGAUCGUGUAUAUUAGUUUAGAAGAGAUUUUUCGCUGAUUUCACAGUACAGGGUGAACUGUCCUUGCAGUAUUUUCCUAGACCACCCCCAACCCCUCAGCCGCCGUCAAGUUUAGUUUAGGUCGUGCAGCUCCGUUCUUUGUUUUUUAAUCCCUUUGCCCCUCCCCCUGUAAAGUAUAUUAUGUGUACAAGUGCCAUCUACAAUAUAUUUUUCUAGUUACAUAGAGCGCUUAUGUCUCGUGACUUAGACACUGUAUACAGUAUUCGUUCGUAAAUAUACAAGUAUUAUAUACAACC